AUGGGUAAAAAGCCAUUCAUCGAUCGUAAAAAGGCCAAACAUUAUCAACUGGUUCAUAGGUCACAGAGAGAUCCAUUAAUUAAUGAUUCAGACGCCUCAUCGAAAGUGCUAGUUGAAAUAGUCCCGCCGAAUUUGCGGGGAAAAGUAUAUCAAGUUAGUGAUGACAUAACUGAAGACUUUCAAAAUCCGAAGCAGUCUGACAUUGAAAGUCGCGUAGGUCAAGCAGCAUUAUACGGUAUAUAUUUCGAUGACACGGACUAUGACUAUCUUCAACAUUUAAAAUCAAUUGGAGAAGGGGGUGAAGGUGCUACAUUCGUUGAAGCCUCAUCCAAGGAUAAGAAAAAAGGUCGUCAACUUGAUUUUAUCGAAAAUCUAAGAGAAUCGAAUUAUCAGGAAUCGGGUUCCUCGAAAAAAGAUAGAAAAGUUACUAUUGUGUUACCGGAUGAAGUAUUACCAUCAAAAGAAGAAAUUCCGAUUGGACUUUUUAACCAAUCUUAUAUUCCUAAUGAUAUACAAGGAUUUCAACCCGACUUAGAUCCAAGUCUUAGAGAAACUUUAGAAGCUCUUGAGGAUGAUGCUUUCAUAGAAAAUGAUUUAGAUGAUUUUUUUUCGGCUCUUAACGCUGAAGAAUUACCUGAAGAUCAGGGUGAUUAUGAAGAAGAAGAGGCUGAAGAGAGUAAUUGGCAAGUAGAAUUUCAAAAGUUUCGGAAGGAUCGUAACAUAUUAGAAAAGGGUAUUAAUGAAGAAUAUGAUGAUGUGAGAUCAAGAACUACCGGAAACUAUUCUAUGUCAAGUUCUGUUAUGCAUAGAAAUGAUAAGCUUCGAUUAUUGGAUGAUCAAUUUGAAAAGAUCGAAAAGGAAUAUAUGGAUGAUGAUGGCGAUGAUUCUGAUAUCGAAUCAACAUCAUCAUCUCAAGUUCGGCAAGAUUUUUCUCAAAUUCUUGAUGAAUUCCUUGAUAAAUAUGAAAUUAAUGGCCGGAAAAUUGUGCCAAAAUCAGAAGAUACCAUAGAAAAUCAAUUAGAUGUAAUUCGCCAAGAACUGGGACAAGUCCAACUUAAUGAACAAGGAUCUGAGGUAGACGAAAAAAUGUUUAACAAGGCUACUAAGACGAAUAAAGAGUAUGUAGAAGUUGAAAGUGAUCCAUUUAUAAAAAAACAGGCUUGGGAUUGUCAAUCAAUUCUGAGUACAUAUUCAAACCUUGAAAAUCAUCCGACUUUAAUACGCGAACAACCUCGUAAAAAAUCAAAUAUCGAUUCUGAUUCCGAAAGCGAAGAAUUUUCAGAAAGACAAAUUGAAGUUGCGGAAGAUGAAAAUGGUCAGAUAAGAGGCAUACCAAGAUCAAAAACUGAAUCAAAAGAAGAAAAGAAACAGAGGAAAGCAAGUGUAAAGGCCGAGAGAAGGACUCGUCGGCUUGAAAAGAAAUCCUUCAAACAAGCUUUCGCUAAAGAACAUUUGAGACAAAAUAAGAUUUUUCAAAAUCUUGAAAAAAAUUUGGUCAAUGCUAUUCACUUGGAAUAA